CACAAACUCCAAUUUCAAGACGUUACAUACAUUUUGGAUUGAAUAUCUACAUUGCUGGAUCCUCCUCUCGAGUAGCCAAGGAGCUUUUCAAGCUGUCAGUUUUUAUGUGUGUCCAGUUUCAAAAUGGAUUCAUAUUUAGUACGAAAUCUCCAGUUUAACAAACAAAAUAGGCUAUCGUAAAAGUGCAACGUGUAAAACCAAUCAAUCCAUGAUUUUCGGACUCAUAGAGGAGUUUUGUCAGAUUAGUAGGAAUACGACUUUGAAAUCUUCUCUACCGUACGUAGUUUCCACAUUAGCAAGAACUAUUCUGUCAUACAUUAUUUUCAGUACGAUCGGCUGGAAAUUGGUACAGUAAACUGAAUUAAUGGUUUUAAGAAACAAGAUAUAAGGGGGGUCAAAUGUGAUAACUCGAAAUAUAUAUACGAUUAUAUCAAUAUUAUUGGCCAGUCGGUCUUGCAGAUUCAUGUGCGUCAAGUGCAAAUAACAAGAGACAAGUGUAGACCAUGAAAGUCCUCUUCUGCCUAGCUGUGCUAGGCUACUCGGCAGUAGCUACCCCCAGUGGCUACUACCACCAAGAGUACAACUAUAAGACUUCUAGCUCGAGUUGGAAGAACAAUGAACUGCAACACAAGACUGAUGAUCAGGGUUAUUACAAAAAAGAUGGCGACCUGGAAGGCAGAUCAAAGCCCAGGAUAGACGCAAACAGUGAACAUUCCGAAUACGUGAACCCGAACCUAAAGAGCAGCCAGUAUGGGUACUCCGGUGCUGCUGGUACCGACAUGAACUCCUAUGGGCACAUGAAAGCACUUCACGACUAUGGUACUCACGGUAGUAACACUCUCACAGAGGGAGUUGCUACCAGCGACAGGCUGAUGGGUACUGCAGCUGGAUACAGUGCAGGAUCUCAAUAUGGAUCAAGUUCAUAUGGAAGUAGCAGCUCGUAUGGCGUUUCUUCUAACCUACACACUAUCACAUCCAGACUACAGCAAGACCUGGAGCGUGAAUUACAGAGCUACGUCCGCGACCAGACUCUUUCCAGAUCACUGGACGAGCUUGAGGCAGAGAUCAGACAUCGGGUAAACGACAGACUGCAGAAUGAGCUGCUCAACAGAUAUGGCCAACAAACAGUGCGAGGUGGUCUAUCAUACAGCAUUUCCGGUGGAAGAACACAAAAUGUAGCAAAUUACGAUAACCGUGAACUAGAAGAUUGGAAGAUUCAGGUGGAAAACCAAUUGCUGAACCAACUACGCCAAGAGUAUAGCCAGCGUUACGGUGGCUCAGCUUCUUACAGCUACCAAGGCGGAAGUUCGUCUCAUAGUCAGCAAGGCUACAACACUUAUCCAACCUCUACUGUCAGACCAUAUCAGACCAUCUACCCAUCUUUGCCGACUCACACCACUCCCAGGCCUGCACAGUACGACGAUUACGCGCAUUCUCAGUACAAGACUGUGCAUACCAACGUUCGUUACACACCGAUCCCCAACCCAGAGAGCAUCACCAACAUCGCUACUAGGAUCCAAAAUCAGCUGGACAGACAAUUGAACGAUAUGUUAGACCAAGCAAGGCAGCGUUACUUUUCAUCCAGCGCCAACUACGCCUUAACAAAUACUGACAGGGUGCUGGAACGCAUGAAGGAAGAGUUGAAAGGAAACCUCACAGUGCUGCUGGACGAAGACAUCAGGAGAAACUACGGUCAACAGAUCGAAAGAGACGGACAGUACUACUCCAUGGGGCCCAAUGGACAGAUAUCACCACAGCACAAUUAUGCUGUCAAUGAUCUCGAGAACUUGAAGUACCAAAUCGAGAGGAAUCUGUUUGACAAGUUGAAUCGCGAUUUUGAAACCUACAGAAGCAGAUGGUCUUCUCAGCAAAGCCACAGCAGCCAAUCCGCAUACGGCUCCAACUACCUCGACCAUAGCAGUGGUCAAUACGGAGUAUACACCACUCCCCGGAACAACUACUAUCAACCGACAGCCUCCAGGAUAUCAUCUUUGGUAGCAGGUGGUUCAAACAACAACUACAACUACAACAGCAACUACGGCAUUAAAGGACACGGCACCACCCAGUACAGCUCCAGUUCCAAUAUGGCGGAGCUACAGCGGAGGUUACAAGACGACCUGUCAAGGCAGCUCCAGGCGGCUAUUACUAAAGGGCACUACGAUUCCUAUUCAUACAGUCCGUCAAACUACCAGACUUCUCUGCAGCAACUGCAGGAUGAGCUGCACAGAAAUCUGACCAGGCAACUCAGCGAGUACAGUGCAAGCGGGUCAUACGCUGCUCAUGGAGACUUUGACGAAAGCCAGAUGGCAGCAUUGAAGAGCCAACUCGAAUCCAGCCUGAUGAACCAGCUACAGCAAGGCCUACAAAGGUCGUUUGCGACACAUAGCUCGUACAGCGCCAGUAGUAGCAGCAGUGCCAGCGGCAGCGCUAGUGGCAGCUACAGACCUGUCAGAGGCUCCCAAUAUUACCAGGCGGGAAUGGGACAACAGUACAGAGCAGGGUAUGAAUCCAUGGAUGACUGUGUUGGAGAUGACCCAAACGCUUACUCAAGACAAAAGAGGAGCUACCAACCAUACAGGAGCAGACCUAUUGGACUAGGGGUUAGUGCAAACUCCAACUACGGGGGGUACGGUGCUUAUGGAUCGGUAGGAAGGCAUCAACCAGUUGGUCAACAGGUAGACGAUUCAGAUUCUACUCAACAAGUUGAAGAAUCAGGAUUUGGUGUUGGACAGCAGACGGAUGACAGCGAUACAUUAGAAAUUGCAAGGCCACAGCAUUUGGGCCAAGAGGUAGAUGAUUCAGAUACACAACAGAUUGAGGAUACAGGGUUUGGUAAACUAUCAAGCCAUGGACAACUUGUUGAUAAUUCUCAAGCGCAAGAAUCGGGAUUCGGAAAGUUGCAGAGUCAAUCUCAAGUACAAGCUCAACUAGGCCAACAAGUUGAUGAUUCCGAUACCCAACAAGUCGAAGAGUUGGGAUUUGGUAAACCACUCAGACAAGGACAACUGCUUGACCAUUCAGAGACCCAACAAGUGCAAAAUCCAGGAUUUGGAAAACUACAGAGCGAAUCACAUACUGGACAACAAGUUGAUGAUUCAGAUACUCAACAAGUUGAAGAAUCGGGGUUUGAUAAGCCAUUAAGACAAGGACAACUACUUGAUAAUACCGAUAGCCAACUAGUACAAAAACCAUUAUAUAGUGGAAUGCAGAGCCAAUCUCAACGUGGACAACAAGUUGAUGAUACCGAUACUCAGCAAAUAGAGGAAUCAGGGUUUGGUAAACCAUUGAGACAGGGUCAACUAGUAGACCAGUCUAUCAGCCAACCGGUGCAAAAACCUGAAUUUGGAAGACUGCAGAGCCAAUCACAUCUUGGACAACAAGUUGAUGAUUCCGAUACACAACAAGUCGAGGAAGCGGGGUUCCAAAGAAGAUCUGAUCAACCUCUCGGUAGACUUCAAAGCCAAUCCCAAGUGCAAGCUCAUCUUGGCCAGCAAGUUGAUGAUUCCGAUACACAACAGAUCGAAGAAUCGGGGUUUGGAAGGCAAGAUAGACGCGGACAAUAUCAAACUGUCCAAGAACCUGGUGUUGGGACAUCUCUGGGCCAACAAGUCGACGAUUCCGACACUCAGCAAGUGGAAGAUAGUGGCUUUGGGAAACUGGAAGCUGGAAAUCAAGUAAGGGGGACGACAAGAAGGCCAGGAGUCACUGUAAACUUGGACGCGGGAAGAAGAUAUCAAACUGAUGAGUUAGACGCAGUUCAGCAGGUCCAAGAACCUGGGUUUGGACGUGUACCACCAAAUCAGUAUCACGUUGGAGGACAAGUUGAAGAUAAUUCCGACCUUAAUCAACAUGUCGACGGAAAAUACAUAACACAAAUAAAUGGACUCAAAAACCUCGACAUUUUUUCAAGUCACCAGAAAAUCUCAAAUGCUUGCGGAUUAAAUAAAUCAAGCAGAGAGCAACAAGACAAUAAGAAACUUUCUCAUUUUGAUAUAUAUGCAAUGGUUGCAUGUCGCUUUGUGGAGAAAGACUUGAACUCUGGAUCCCAAACAAGUUCACCUAGCAACCCCAAAGACCUUGAUGUGAUCGUGAAUGAACUAGAGAGGGACAUAUCCAGUCAACUCCAAGGUGAAGUAAGCACCAAACCUAUUUCCCCAAGAAACCCCCAGGAAAUACAAGAUUUGAUAAAACGACUAGAAAAUAGUUUGAACCUCAAACUCCAGGAUAUACGCAGCAACUCAAACCAGUAUGGUAGCUCACACUCUAUGUCCUUUUCUGGGAACUUGAAUGAACAACAACUGCAGUACUUGAAAGAAGAAGUUCAAAACCAUAUUCAGAAGGAAUUGGAGAAGAAAUAUGGACAAGGUUUCAGAGUCACUUCAUUUUGGAGCAACAGCCAAAGCCAAUCUGUAUCAGAUACAGGUUUAAUGCAAAACACACACAGAGGUUUCAACAACAUCAAUUUUAAUGAUUUCACUAAAGAACAAGUUCAGACAUGCCAAGAAGUAGAAGAUAAACUAUUAGAACAGCUGAAAGAAGCCAUCAGACUGAACAUCAAUGUAGCUCAAAGUAGCAGUGAUGAUCAGAUCCGUGAGUUACGAACACAACUUCAUAAGAAUAUUACUAAGGAAAUAGAAAGUUUUAGGCAAGGAUCACACGGGUACCUGUACACCCUACCACAAAUCAACAGGAUUCAACUUCAGUUGGAAAGUGACCUGAAUAAGGAAUUUCAACAGGAAAUCGAUACGCAGAAUCCAUUGAAUGUAGGGAGCUUACGAAGGAAAGAAGCUGUAGAAGAAAAACGCGAAGCAAGCACUCACAAAAAACAGGAAAUACUUAGUUGGAAUAUGGAAGGAUUCAGCACAAAACAAGCUCAGUUCUGUCAGUACCUUGAAGAUACCAUAACAAAGAAACUGAAGGAUUCAGUCAAAACAAAUUAUAUAAACUACCAAGGACUUAACAAGCCAGCUCCUGAAACUGUCUACAAGGAACUGCUGAUUGAACUUCCUCAAUCAAUUGACAAAAGAUUGAGUUCAUUCAGCCAGUACUUCUUAGGCAAGUAUAUGUCUUUUAAUCAAGAACGACUAGCAAAGAUUAAAGAACAGCUCAAUCAUAACUUGAAAAUCAAGUUACAAAGAGAAUUAUCUAUCGAGGAGAAAGACUCAGAAGUAUUUGAGCCAUCAAGUGCCCCCUCGCAAUUUUCUGGCAGAGACAUAGAACCUAUAGAGCAACAUCCAGAGGUUGACUCUGAUGCUAUUCAGAAGAUGGAAGGAAAUCCAUUUGGCAGCACACAAACUUUACAAGUAACAACACCUGAUACAUUGGUACAACAAACUGAAGAGAUUGAACCUCUAAAUAGCCAAUCUGUUACACCCCAGGAACCCUUAGCUCGCGUUCCUAUGUUCACUAACUCUAGACCUGUGGUACCAAGACCAGUGAGCAGUAAUCAAUUCCUUCAAACAGAAAUUGAUCUGCAACAAAGGGAAAUUCAAAAUCAGAGGGCGUUUGGAGGCGUGGACCAAAACCAGAGGUACCCAGGCAAUAUUGGGCAGCAACACGUUGUUACAGGUCAAGGAGAAUUUGUGGUGCAACCUCAAACUAGAGAAGAAGCAGAACAGAAUGCUGAUCAGCUAAUCGAUUCGUUGAGGGCAGCUCAAAAUAAUAGACAGAAUCCCUCUGGUGACCAAGAUCGCCAGAGACAGUACUACAAUGGUGGAACACAUAGAUCUUAUGGAUCUCAUAACUACAGAAGUUCUUAUGGCAGCCAUCAUACACAUUUAAAUCCAUCUGGGGAUGUUUAUCAAAACGAAGUUCGAGAACCAUUACCAACUAUUUCUUCACAAACAGGACAAGGCUCAUAUGGCAACCAACUAAGCUAUGGUCACCAACAGGAAGUAAAUCACCAAUUUGAAACUGCCAGCAACAUUGAGCCAGUAUACCCUGCAAGAGUAAAUGAAGUUCAAACUGUAGAUGAAACUUACAGGCCACAAACAGGAGUAAAAGGAGGCAUACGAGGAGGGUACGGAGUUUAUCAAAGCCCUUACUCUUCAACUCAAUACACUAAUUUAUACAAUGAACCAACACAAGAUCCUCAGCUGACUGCCAGUGUAAAUGCAGAUGUAGAAGAAGUGGCACCAGUGAACCUUAAUGCUGAAGAAUUGUCUUGGUGGCAGAGAUUCAGUAAGAAAGUGAAGCAAGGAGCAAAGAAUUUGAAAGAGAAGAUUGUUGGAUGAAUGUAACUUGAAUUAUUUAUAAGAAUUUAAAGUAUGUUUUAUUAUAAGUUAUUUGUAUCUUAUUUUUAAUAGAAAAACACGUUUGAAAUCAAGUG